ACAUGCUCAUAAAAACACAGUGAUGGAGGUGAAACUGAAUCUGAAUGGCAACUGGCUGCUAACAGCAUCUCGUGACCAUCUCUGUAAGCUCUUUGACAUUCGUAAUCUGAAAGAAGAACUUCAGGUCUUCAGGGGUCAUAAGAAGGAGGCCACAGCUGUGGCCUGGCAUCCUGUUCAUGAAGGGCUGUUUGCCAGUGGAGGAUCUGAUGGCUCUUUGUUGUUCUGGCAUGUUGGGGUUGAGAAGGAGGUUGGUGGAAUGGAAAUGGCCCAUGAAGGAAUGAUCUGGAGUCUGGCGUGGCAUCCCCUUGGACACAUUCUCUGUUCAGGCUCAAAUGAUCACACCAGCAAGUUUUGGACUAGAAAUCGACCUGGAGAUAAAAUGCGAGAUCGUUACAACUUGAAUCUGCUGCCUGGGAUGUCAGAGGAUGGUGUGGAAUACGCUCCGGGAGAUGAUCUGGAACCCAACAGCCUAGCAGUUAUUCCUGGGAUGGGAAUACCUGAACAAUUGAAAAUAGCUAUGGAACAAGAGCAGAUGGGGAAAGACGAGUCCAAUGAUAUUGAAAUGACAAUCCCAGGACUGGAUUGGGGAAUGGAGGAAGUAAUGCAAAAGGACCAAAAGAAGGUGCCACAGAAAAAAGUGCCCUAUGCAAAACCAAUACCAGCACAGUUUCAGCAGGCAUGGAUGCAGAAUAAAGUUCCUUUGCCUCCCCCACCUGAGCCAUUGAACGAUAGAAAGGAAGAUAUUAAGCUGGAGGAGAAAAAGAAGACACAGGCAGAGAUUGAACAGGAAAUGGCAGCGCUUCAGUACACAAACCCACAACUCUUGGAGCAAUUGAAGAUUGAGAGACUUGCACAAAAGCAAGCUGAGCAAGUGCAGCCGCCACCUCCAGGAGGUCCUCUUCAUGGACCCCAGCCUUUUCCAGGGCAAGGCCCAAUGUCACAGAUGCCUCAAGGAUUUCAGCAGCCCCUUCCACCUCAGCAGAUGCCAAUGAAUAUGUCUCAGAUGGGACCUCCUGGUCCACAAGGACAGUUCAGACCUCCGGGACCCCAAGGACAAAUGGGACCUCAAGGUCCUCCACUGCACCAAGGAGCUGCAGGUCCACAAGGGUUCAUGGGACCACAAGGACCUCCAGGCCCCCAAGGGCCUCCACAAGGAAUGCCACGGCCUCAGGAUUUACAUGGACAUCAAGGAAUGCAGAGACACCCUGGGCCUCAUGGGCCAAUGGGGCCUCCAGGUCCACAGGGUAAUGCUGGCCCACAAGGCCACUUAGGACCACAGGGUCUACCUGGGUCUCAGACUCAUUUAGGACCGCAGGGUCCACCUGGCCCACAAGGUCACUUGGGUCCUCAAGGUCCCCCGGGUGGUCAAGGAAUGCAAGGGCCACCUGGUCCCCGAGGAAUGCAAGGACCUCUUCCUCAUGGCAUGCAAGGAGCUCCAGGAUCUCAAGGGAUGCAGGGCCCUAUAUCUCAAGGGCCUCUGAUGGGACUUAAUCCAAGAGGGAUGCAGGGUCCACCAGGACCCAGAGAUAACCAGGGACCUACUCCACAGGGGAUGAUGAUGGGUCAUCCGCAAGAAAUGAGAGGUCCUCAUAUGCAAAGUGGUUUACUAGGACAUGGUCCCCAGGAGAUGAGAGGCCUCCAGGGACCCCCACCUCAAGGUACAAUGUUAGGACCGCCACAGGAAUUGCGUGGGCCACCAGGUCCACAAGGCCAGCAGGGACCUCCACAAGGCUCUUUAGUAGGGCCGCAAGGAAACAUGCAAGGACCUCAGGGACAACCGAACCCUUCAAGGGGGCCGCACCCUUCCCAGGGCCCUCUGCCUUUCCAGCAGCAGAAAACGCCGCUGUUGGGUGAUGGGCCUCGUCCCUCGUUUAAUCAGGACGGACAGAACCCAGGUCCUCCACCACUGAUACCAGGACUGGGGCAGCAGGGAGGACAAGGUCGUCUUGGCCCUCACAACCAAGGACCUGGUCUUAAUAAAGGUGACUCCCGUGGUCCACCAAACCAUCACAUGGGCCCUCUCUCAGAUAGAAGGCACGACCAGAACAGUGGUGGUCCUGAUCAUGGGCCUGAGAGAGGGUUGUUUCGAGGUGGCCAGGAGUGGGGUGAUGGUAGAGACAGCAGGGGCAUGCCAGAUAGACGAGGACCUCACCCAGAUUUCCAUGAUGACUUUGAUCGACCAGAUGACUUCCGUGACGACUUCCAUCCAGAUAAGAGAUUUGGCCAUCGAUUACGGGAAUUUGAGGGGAGAGGAGGCCCACCACUGCAAGAUGAAAAAUGGAGACGAGGUGGACCUGGGCCUCCCUUUCCUCCUGAUCACAGGGAAUUUGAAGGAGGGGGUUCAAACCGUGGGCCUCCUGGUGCUUGGGAAGGACGGAGACCUUCAGAUGAUAGAUAUCCACGGGAUCCUGAGGAUGCACGGUUCAGAGGAAGACGAGAUGAGAGCUUCAGAAGAGGAGGACCCUCAAGACAUGAGGGCCGGGGACCCAGGGGGAGAGAUGGCUUUCCUGGCCCUGAAGAUUUUGGGCCAGAUGAUCCUUUUGACUCUCCAGAUGAAAACUCAAGAGGAAGGGACCAUGGUGUUCGGGGGCGAGGUCGCGGUGCUCUUAGAGGAGGCCGGAAGGGUUUACUUCCUACUCCAGAUGAAUUUCCACGCUUUGAAGGAGGGCGGAAACCAGAAUCCUGGGAUGGAAACAGAGAACCAGGUCCUCGUCCAGAUCACCCUCCUCAUGACGGGCAUUCUCCAGCUAACAGAGAACGUUCUUCUUCGCUCCAGGGCAUGGACAUGGCCUCAUUGCCACCUCGUAAACGUCCCUGGCACGAUGGACCAGGGACCUCUGACCACAGAGAAAUGGAUGCUCCAGGUGGACCUCCAGAGGAGAGGGGCAAAGGACGAGGAAACUCAGGACCUUCACAGAGAGCGCCAAAAUCUGGGAGGUCUAGUUCUUUAGAUGGAGAUCAUCACGAUGGAUUCCACAGGGAUGAAGGUUUUGGUGGAGGCCCUGCAGGAGGCAAUAAUCCUUCUCGAGGAGGAAGGAGUGGAAGUAACUGGGGAAGAGGAAGUAACAUGAACUCUGGUCAAUCGAGAAGAGGAGGAUCUAGGGGUGGUGGAAGAGGCCGGUAGAAGAGGCUUUGACUGGGUCACACCCAGUCCUUGCUGGACAAUAUUUAAAUGGACUGCUACUCUGGACUAAAAAAGUAACCUGCAACACCAUAAACCUGGAUUCUUAACUGGGAUAACUGAAUGUGCAUUAGUUCCUAACAAGGGUCUUUUCCUAGAUCAGUCAACUGCUACUAGCUGCAAUAUUGUAGCUAGCUUUCUGUUUUCUCCUCUCCACCCCUGUUGUCCUCACCUUCUUUUACCUACUUUGUUUUGUGAAGAGCUGGAUUUUUUUUAAGUGUUGUAAGAGAUGGAGCACCUCCACAAAUUUCAGUUCACCUCCAGACAGAAACUUGUUUCUAUAUGUACAGUUUGUCAGAAGAGUUACGUUGUUUUUGUAUGAAUACAGAAUGUAAUUUGUGCAAAAAUUAACAAAA